CAGCAACGGAAUCGUGUGCCACAACAAACAUACAGGCAUCACCAUCAUCAUCGACAGCACUAGGACCAGUCAUAAAUAAAAAAGCUCAUCACGAGUUGUUGGCCGAGGUCAUUAUGCAACAGCCAAGUGAUUAUUAUACACAAACGGAAAGUGAACUUUUACAAUUGGAGGCAGCUGGAGUACAUUUGCCAGCCUAUCAAUUACAAGCCGACUCCUUAGCACAGCUAACCCAGCAACAGCAAAUACAGCAGCAGCAUCACCUGCAUCACCAGCAUCCUUCGUCUUCGUCAAACAAUAACGAUCGUUCAACCCCAACAUCAUCUUCGAAUGCCACACCUACACCCAUUAUCACAAGUCACAUUGAUCCAGCGUCAAGUAGCAGCAAUGGUGGCAGCAGUCAUACAGCCACAUCAAUACAUUUUGUGACCGCACCACCACAAGCACAACGUCGCCACUGUCAGCCUCCCUCAAAUCUACCGCUCAGUUCGAUUACAUCACCCCUGCGUGCCAAUUACAAAACCACCGCGUAUUUACACAGUCAUCAUCAGCAAUUAGAAUUUCAACGUAAUUCACAGUCCGACGAUGACAGUGGUUGUGCAUUGGAAGAGUACACCUGGGUGCCACCGGGCCUAAGGCCAGAUCAAGUACGUUUAUAUUUUUCUCAACUGCCUGACGAUAAGGUGCCGUAUGUUAAUAGUCCAGGAGAGAAAUAUCGUAUUAAACAAUUGUUGAAUCAACUGCCGCCACAAGAUAAUGAAGUACGCUAUUGUCACUCCCUAAGUGAUGAGGAACGUAAAGAGUUGCGUAUAUUUUCGGCACAACGAAAACGAGAAGCUUUGGGACGUGGUGCAGUACGUCUAGUAUCCGAUGAGCGUCCUUGUCAAAAUUGCAACGAACAACUUUCCUCUGGUGACAUUGUGGUCUUUGCUCAACGUCUUGGCGCUCAGGUCUGUUGGCAUCCUGCCUGUUUCGUUUGUUGUGUUUGCAAGGAAUUACUGGUGGAUUUAAUAUAUUUCCAUCGUGAUGGCAACCUCUAUUGUGGACGUCAUCAUGCUGAAACCCAAAAGCCACGUUGUUCAGCAUGUGAUGAGAUUAUAUUCUCAGAUGAGUGCACGGAAGCUGAGGGACGUACUUGGCAUAUGAAACAUUUUGCCUGCUUUGAAUGUGAUCUACAGUUGGGCGGUCAACGGUAUAUAAUGCGCGAUGGCAAACCAUACUGCUUGAGUUGUUUCGACACCAUGUUUGCCGAAUACUGCGAUUAUUGUGGCGAUGUCAUUGGCGUAGAUCAAGGCCAGAUGUCACAUGAUGGCCAACAUUGGCAUGCCACCGAUCAAUGUUUCUCGUGUUGUACUUGUCGCUGCUCGCUGCUGGGUAGACCAUUUUUACCUCGUCGUGGCACAAUUUACUGCUCAAUAGCAUGCAGUAAGGGUGAACCCCCUACACCAUCCGAUACCAGUUCGGGGCCUCAGCUAAGACCUACGCAUCGUGCCAGCACCACCAGCCAAAUAGCAAGAUCCCCACGGCCAGGCAAAGCAGCCAAUAACAAAGACCGUCAGGGCAACAAAAGUUCGGGCAGCGCUGGAGAUUUACUAGAAAGACAAGAACGUCAAAGAAGGGAAGAUUUGGGACGUAUAAUGUUGGCUCGAAAUCUCGAUAAUGUGGUUGCCCCGGGAAUACCUCGGCCAGCCCACCCACCUCCUAUAGAUCUUACCGAAUUGGGUAUCAGCUUGGACAAUAUUUGUGCGGGUGAUAAAUCAAUAUUUGGAGAUCCCAACAUAACAGCCUCACUACCCGAUAUGCUGGUAUCCAAGGCUGAUGAUUCCCAUAGUUAUCAAAGUAUAGAUAAAAUCCAUAUUAACUCACCCAGCAAUUCGGAUAUGACUGAAAGCACCCAGGAGAUAACGAAUGAACUGGAACUAGACCAGGAAAAUUAUAAUGGGCACGACGAUUUGCCACAUGACAACUACGAACGCAUCAAAAACGACAUCGGUGAUGAUGAUGACGACGACGAUGAGGACGGUGAAGAUGAGGAAAACAAUCGUCAUCCAACGAAAGAAGUAAGAUUUCACAGUAUUCACGAUACCAUGUCACGCUCCAAAAGCUACACAGACAAUUCGAAUGCACGUCGUCGACGACGGAGGCGCAAUCAAUCACGUAGUAAUUCCGAAAUGCAAAUCAAUCAAACCAAUCUAAGACUGCACAAUGCACAAACACAAGCCGGUUCUAGUGCUGUGAAAAAUUUAGACAAUUGUGAUGCAGCCAGCAUUUGCUCUACUUGUUCGUCCAGUUCAUCCAGUGACAUGGAUGAUUAUGUCUAUCGUUUGCCGGCACGCAAACACUAUGGUGGAGUGCGUGUUUCCUAUGUGCCCAACGAUGCAAUUGCGUAUGAGAAAAAGCUUAAGAAACAAGCAAUGAUGGAACAAGCCAACAAUGCCAUGACCAACUACAGUGCUGGUCAGUCAAUGCUUAAUAGUAAUCAUUCGUCGGCAGCAGCAUCUUCAAUAGCGACCUCUUCGGCGACUGCGACAACAACAUCUGCCGUUGAUGGCAAAAAUUGCACGAUUUCAUGA